AUGCAGAGUAUCAACUAUAAAGCUCUGAAGGGACCAGGGAUCAAGGAGACAGGGUCCAUAGAGUUUCUCGACCACCUAGCGGAUGUCCAGAUGCACUGCACAGCCUCCCAUCUGCCACUCCUGUACGAAACAGCUGUGAGGGGGAUGAUGAGCUAUGCAGUGAAAGCCCCCGAAGCAGGUGAGACAGCCGGAAGAGUUGAAAUAUCAGAGGGGUCCUGCGAAAUGAACAUGGUGGCACUUCUGACAUACUUUAUAGACCUGAUGUAUGGCGAGGGGCUUGUCGUUGUGAAGACCUCUGUGACACUGGAGAAUGGACAUCUCACCUGUGACUACUUUGCGGCUGAUGGGUCUAGGUGCCAAGGCCUCUGUGAAAUCAAAGCAGUUACUCUUUGCGGGCUCCGGGUAUUUGAGAAGGACGGUGUAUUCCAUUCAUAUUGCAUUUUUGACAUCUAA